AUGGCCCAGCACAAGCAGCGGGAGGCCGCGCGCGCGCGGUCGCUGGAGCUCGACAAGCUCGCGCAGCGGCGCCAGUCGCUGUUGGACGCCAAGGGCGGCGGCUCGCCGCUGCGCCCGCCGACGUCGGGCCCGCGCUUCGAGUCGGAGUCGCUGGAGACGGAGCGCGAGGCGCUGGACGCGGCGACGGCGUCCGCGGCGAUCGCCUACUCGACGAACGCGAUUUCGCUGGCCUGCGGCGGGAAGCGGGGCGUCUUGCGGCUCUUGGACGCGAACGACCACCGCGACGCCGAGGCGCCGCCGACGCUCGUCGCCUAUUCGCCGCUGACGCACGAGAUCGUGACGGCGCACGGCGGCGCGAUCAAGUGCUGGGACGUGCAGAUGGGCCUCCUGAAGAAGGAGCACAGUCUGGGCGACGGGCCGCGCGCCGCGGACGUCUACGACGAACGCGAGGAGAACCCGGACGACGCGCUGCUCCGGGCCGUCGCGAACGCGCACGCGGCGGACAUCACGGGCGUCGCGCUCUCGCGCGACACGGGCCUCAUCGCGACGUGCGACGCGACGGGCGGCAUGAAGCUCUGGGACUUUUUGGACCUGGGCCUCGUCGCGGAGGUGCGGGACGGCGCGGGGAAGCUGCUGCCCCAGGCGACGGCCAUGGCGUUCCUCGAGCCCUACCCGCUCCUGGUGGUCUGCGACGGCGCGUCGGGCGUCCACGUCGUGCCCACGCUAAAAAACACGGCGCCCAAGGACGCGAAGACGCAGGAGCGGCGCGUCGCGCUGCGCUUCGAGAACGGCAAGUCGGCAUUCGUCGACGGCGGCUUCCGGAAGGGCGCGGCGGCUAGAUGCGUCGCGACGGCCGUGGACCUCGAGGGCGGCAAGGAGAUCGCCGGCGGCGUCAAGCGGGGGCGGGUGCUCGUCUACACGGGCGACUCGCGGGGCGACGUGCAGAUCUUCGACAUCAAGCCGCGGCUGCGGGCCAUGGGCGUCGCCGUCGUGCCCGGCGGCGACGUCCGCUGGCGCAAGCCCGGCUACAACUGCCGGCGGAAGCUGCGGCGGGACCACGCCCUGUCGUCCUUCGGCGACGAGGGCGACGCGGCGCCGCGGGCGCCGCCGAAGCGCCGCGACAGCGUGCUCGCGCCCACGGACCCGACGGAGCCGCCCGAGGAGAGCGCCGCCGAGGCCGCGAAGCGGCGGUCCAAGCCCGCGUUCUCCGAGCUCACGGAGCGGCGCUGGACGGCCCACGGCGGCGCCGUGACGUGCCUCCUGCUCGUCGAGGACCCGCCGCGCCUGCUGACGGCGUCGGCCGACGGCUCCGUGAAGUGUUGGACGGCCCUGCGCGUGCUCGCGGCGCCGGGCAAGCUCACGAUCGGCGAGCGCAUGGCCCAGACGUCGACGGGCGCCAACGCGGCGAAGAUCUGGCGCUUCCUCGGGCCCAAGGACAUCAAGCGCCAGCGCACGCGCGCGCGCGACCGCGCGCGCGACGUGCUGCGCGUCGUCUUCGACGAGAAGCGCGAGGAGGACCGCGCCCUCGCCGCCGAGGAGGAGCUCGCGCGGGCCAAGGAGGAGACCGCGCGCAAGGUCCGCGAGCGGACCGCGUCGUCGGCCGACGACGACGCGCCGCGCGACGACGGCGGCGACGAGGGCGACGACGGCGCCAAGGAGGAGCGGGGCCGCGUCUUCGGCCAGCUCGCCGGCGAGGAGACCUGGGCCGUGUCCGAGUUCGACAAGAUCAAGGAGCAGGCGCGCGCGACGCGCGAGGCCGAGCGCAAGAAGGCCGAGGCCGCCAAGGGCGUCAAGAAGAGGAAAAAGAAGAAGAAGGCGCCGCCGCCGCCGAAGCGCGACGAGUCGAGCGUCGGCGGCGGCUCCCUGGAGACGCGCGAGGACGACGACGCGGAGCCCAUCGUCCUCGACGACGACUCCGUCCUCGAGGCGAACGAGGCGAAGCGGAAGCAGGAGGAGCUCGUGCGGCGGGAGAUCCGGAAGAAUGAGCUCCAGCAGGACCCCGACGACCCGGACAACUGGGGCAUCGGGUCGCGGAACCGGGAGCAGGCCAUGUACGGCCACCUCUACAAGGAGCUAAAGGGCCGGAAGCGCGUCGAGACGCGGAACCGCGCGGCCGUCAAGCCGCCGGGCACGGCGGCCCACGAGCGCGCCCUCUACGGGCCCUACCCCUACGCGAACAUCGACCGCUUCGUCGGCGCCUACAAGGCCUGCGUCGCGCCGAGCCAGCGCUUCGGCGCGCCCGUGGCCGCGCGCGCGGUCCUCGACCACCCCGUCGUCGCGGACAACGACUACCUCCGCAAGCGCGGCGACGACGUCCUCGGCCGCGCGGGCGCCGCGGGCACGCUGGGCCUCCGGGGCCUGCUCCGCGGCUUCUUCCCCCUCAUCAAGCCCAGCGAGCUCAGCGAGGUCGCCGACGGCUUCCUCGCGCGCAACGGCGUCGGGCCCUGGGCGCGCAAGGCCGGCGGCGGCGAGCGCGAGAACGAGCUCCGCGCCAUCUUCGACCUCUUCGACGUCGACCGCGCGGGCGCCGUCGACCUCCGCGAGCUCGCCGACGCCGUCAACGAGGGGUCCAGCGCCCUCGCGGGCAACGAGGACUGGCCCGCCCUCGCCGGCGCCCUCUUCGACCACCUCGCCGCGCUCGAGCGCCGCGCGGCGCCCGGCGGCAAGGCGCGCGUGUCCUUCGACCAGUUCGCCGACAUCGCGACGAGGGUCACCGUCUCCGCGCGCGCGGCUUCCUUGAUCGCGGCCGCGGCCGCGGCGUUGCCGCCGUUGAACUCGUGGCCGUGCGCGAAGGACACCGUCAGGUUCAGGUGCUGCGCGAUGGGCUCCACCGUGAGCCAGCAGCGCUCGCACUCGGGCGGCUCGCGGUACUGGUCCGCGAAGAUCUUCGUCGGCGUCGCAAAAUGGUGCUUCUUCGACGAGUGCCACGAGCGGCUCGCGACGACGCAGAAGGGCCACGUGAAGCCCCUGAAGACGAAGCAGAAGGGCGUCGACAUCCUGCACGACCCGCUCUGGAACAAGGGCAUGGCCAUGGACUACCCGGAGCGGGACCGCCUCAACCUGCGGGGCCUCGUGCCGCCGCGCGUGAAGACGCUCGAGGAGCAGGCCGCGCGCGUCAUGGCGCAGCUCCGGGGGGACUUCGCCGACGACGACGACGGCCGCCUGCGGAAGAACAAGUUCCUCCAGGAGCUCCACAACCGCAACGAGACGCUCUACCACCGCGUGCUCGCGGACAACAUCGCCGAGCUCGCGCCGCUCGUCUACACGCCGACCGUCGGCGCGGUCUGCGAGAACUUCGGGGCCCAAUUUAGGCGCGCGAGGGGCAUGUACUUCUCCGUCCAGGACCGGGGCCUCUUCUCGUCCAUGGUCUGGAACUGGCCCCACGACGACGUCCACAUCAUCGUCGUCACCGACGGGUCGCGGAUUUUGGGGCUCGGCGACCUCGGCGCGCACGGCAUGGGCAUCCCCAUCGGGAAGCUCGCGCUCUACUGCGCGGCGGGCGGCAUCGCGCCGCACCGCGUCAUGCCCGUCAUGCUCGACGUCGGCACGAACAACGCCGCGCUCCUCGAGGACGACGACUACCUCGGCGUCCAGAAGCCGCGGCUCGAGGGCGACGAGUACUUCGCCAUGGUCGACGAGUUCAUGUCCGCCGUCUUCGAGCGCUGGCCCGACACCGUCGUCCAGUUCGAGGACUUCGAGUCGUCGAAGGCCCAGCCGAUCUUGGACAAGUACCGCCACACGCGGCGCUGCUUCAACGACGACAUCCAGGGCACGGGCCAGCGCACGGGCUGCGUGACGCUCGCGGGCGUGCUCGCCGCGGGCCGCCAGGCGGGGCUCCGGCUCUCGGAGAUGUCGUUCCUCUGCGCGGGCGCGGGCUCCGCGGGCCUGGGCGUCUGCCUCCAGCUCGUCGACGGCAUGGUCGCGGACGGCCUGAGCCGCGAGGAGGCCAUGAAGCGCUUCGUCAUCUGCACGUCCGUCGGCGCCAUCGGCCGCGCGGACGGCGCGCACGGCGACCCGAACGCGGCGCGCGGGCUCAGCGCGGAGCGCGAGAUCUGGGUCAACGACGCCGUGAGCGACGGCGCGAGCCUCGAGGACGCCGUCCGCGAGUUCCGGCCGACGUGCCUCCUCGGCCUCGCCGCGCAGCCGGGAGGCCUCUUCACGGAGUCCCUCGUGACAUCCAUGCUCGCCUACACGGAGACGCCCGUCGUCAUGCCCAUGUCGAACCCGACGGCGAAGCACGAGUGCACGCCGCGCCAGGCCUGGGAGUGGACGGACGGCAAGGCCAUCGUCGCGACGGGGUCGCCCUUCGACCCCGUGGAGAUCAACGGCAAGACGCUCAUCCCGUCGCAGUGCAACAACAUGUACGUCUUCCCGGGCCUCGGGCUCGCGGCGUCCGUCGGCGGAGUGACGUCCGUGACGGACCCCAUGCUCUACGCCGCCGCCGUCGCCUGCGUCGACGCGAUGACGGACGAGGAGUUCGCGUCCGGCCGCACGAGUCCCGGCCAUCGACCGCAUCCGCGACGUCUCCCACCUCGUCGCCGUCCGCGUCAUCGAGGUCGCCCUCGCGGAGGGCAUGUGCACGAAGAUCGCGCCCGAGGACGUCGCCGAGCCGGGCAGCCUCGCGAAGCUCGUCUCCAAGAAGAUGACUCGGUCGUAUAUGCACACUUGCGAGCGGUCCUCGCGCGCGUCGCGGGCGCGUCGGACGUCGCCAUCGGAUUCCUCGGCGGCGGGGCUUCGCCGCGCGUCUUCGGCUUACUUGAGCUUGAGCUUGACGUCGUCGUCGAGGGCGACGCCCGUGCCGACGACGAGCACCAUCAUGUAGACGAUCGGCGCGGGCAUCUGGAAGAUCGACUCGGGCGCGGAGCCCGUCCACGGGUGCGUGUACUGGACGGCGAAGAUGCAGAGGAGCCAGGCGCCGUAGAUCGCGCAGACGACCUUCUUGACCUUGGCGUCGCCGUAGUACGUCGCGGCGAUGGCGAUGAAGCAGAGCGCGAACGCGAAGAGGCCGCAGACCGCGCAGACGUGGAAGACGAUCGGGUGCCUGCGAGCGCGGGGGUCGGCCGCGGCGCGCGGCGCGAGGCCGAGACGUUCGAGCUUCGCGCGGCGCGAGUACUCCGCGCCGCGGCGAACAUGGGCGGGAUCUUCUUGGUGGAGAAGCUGCCGGGGGCCCCGAAGAUGUCGGCCUCCGUGGCUCAGCCAAGUUGGGCACAUGAGGAGCGUGACGAGCGCGAUCGAAUAGGGGACGGCGUUCUUCAUAAUUAAGGGUACCUGCGACGCGGAGGGGCGUCCCCCGCGGCGCUGGGCGUCGGUGGGACGCGGCGCGCGAGCACGAUAGGAACUGCUCA